AUGCUCCGUUCUUCCGCAUUGUUUAUCGCUCUAUUCGGAUGCGCCAUAGCUUCCUUUGAUUGGCCAGUUGAUGGGUUUUACCGGUAUUCGGGUGGGCUAGGUACCCCGGGAGGUCCAGGAAAUCCUGGGGGUCCAGGCGGUCUUGGUACCCCGGGAGGUCCAGGUACUCCGGGAGGUCCAGGAAAUCCUGGGGGUCUAGGCGGUCCUGGUAACCCAGGAGGUCCAGGUACUCCGGGAGGUCCUGGAACCCCCGGAGGGCAACCCCAUGGCACCGCUGGAGGAACAUACUACGUGAUCAUAGUUCAGAACGGCCAGAGGGUCAUUGUGAACUGCGCAACGUGCCGCCUGUGCUGUGUCGGACGAAACAUUACCUACUCCGUGGUCACUGAUUCUCCCGUUGUCCCACCCCUCGUCGUUACUGGCACCCCAUCCAUCGUUACUGUAACCCCACCAAGUCCAUCAGUUACCCCAGGUGGUCGUCCAGGAUCAACACCACCAGCAACAUUCCCGCCUGGAUCAGUAUCCACAGUACGGUACACACCAGGGCCAACACCACCAGCUCCAUGGACCUACACAGUACCACCAUAUUCUGGCUACAGAACUAUUCCACCAGUCUACAACCACUAUGAAACUGUUCCUCCAGCUGCCCAAACCACCCCUCAGCCACCAUGUACUCCAAGAACCACCACCACUACCACUACAACUACCACCACUACUGCCCUCCCACCAUGUGUCUACACCCCGGCUCCACCAGCCACAGCUCCCCCAGCCACCGCCACACCCGCAACCCAAACACCACGUACCUACUCAACAACCACCCCUAUUAAAACUACAGUACCACAGCAAUGGACCACCCUACCACCAGGCCCAGAGCCAACCCCGGGACAAGGACCUUCUGGAGAAUGCUGCUACAUCGACCUUCGCAGAAUCCAGGUUACCGUAUCCUGUGGAGUCUCCAUUGGAAAUCAGUGCUGCCAUCAAUCUUGCUCGGGAACCUACCAGCGUCAAAUCAACUUGAACUACUACAUUCUAACACAAAUCUUCCGUAACCUCCCAUCCAGAAUUCAAUGCUCAGAGGCUGUUCGUCUGGGAUUAGUGAGAUCUACAGAGAUUCAAGGAUUUUGUACAUCUAGAGUAAUCCCAGGAGGUCCAGUAAACCAACCAUCGACAGCAUUCCCACCAAACCCGAAUGGACCAGAAGUCCCAGUGACCACAGGAGGUCCCAUUCAUCCUGCCUACCCAAUUGUGCCGACCAGAGGGUACCCACCAACUACAGUAACCCCACCAAACCCAUAUGGACCAAAGGAUGCUUAUAUUACAUCUGACCCAAAACCCAACUCAGGCUCCACACUUGUUGCACCAUUUUUCGCUGUUGUCAUGGCGCUCGCAAUCUGUUUUUGA